AUGGACCUAUUCUGCCGGCUCAUGGGUGACCUUCAGAAGGGUUGCACUGCCGUCGUGCACUUCCCGGCUACCGAUGGCGAACCAGCUUACGUCGUCAAGGUCUUUCUUCGAGGCGGACUUUUGCUACUGGUAGCCGACUCCCCGCAACGAGCGUUGAUGUGCUAUUGCAAGCACCCCAACAGCUUCAGCAGGUUCCCGUGCAUGUACUGCAUGGUAGAGCAGACGCAAGACAACGAAGGGGGGGACUUGGGCGACCAGUUGUACGAUAUCGUCGCCAACCGGCGAACGAGGGGGUUAAUGCUGGAAGGAAGGAGCCAGUUGGAGGCUUUGGCGUCCAACCCUGUUCAGCAGGGACAGCUAUCAUCUGCGCUCGGCGUGGUUGCCCCCCAGGAGGGUGACGUGUGGCUCCUGUUCGAAGCGUGCGACAUCGUGCCGUCCAGGGUAACGCCGGUGGAAAGCUUGCAUGCUGAUGCUCUGAAUGCACAGGCGUUGGUGCAGAAGUACUUGAUUGCGCUGCUGAACACCAAGGGACGGGAGCUCAUAUCGGCCACCAUGAGACAGCGCAGGGGUAACAAUCUGUACCCGCCCGGUGCUGAACCCCUGAAGGACCCCGUGGCGGACUAUUCGUCCCUGACUGGCAGUGACAAGUGGCUGCUCGCCUCCAUUGUGCUGCUCGUGUUUAGGGCGGUGUUCCACACCACGGCGACGAUGGAGAUGUACAUCAAGGGGCGUGAACUCGGCGAACUGGUGGACGACUACGGGUCGAUGCAGGAAGCACGAGAUAGCCUCCUCCAACUCGUCCAGGCAGCGUCGUCCCUAUCUUUUGCUCUACGUGCACCCUCCUACAACGAUGUCGAAAUCGAGCAGCUGCACAAACACGCGCAAGACAUGAUAUGA